ACAUAUGUCAGAGUCAAGGCCCGCGGGCCACAUCCGGCCCGCGAGAAGGUUUUUUACGGCCCCUGGGAUGAUCUUGAUUUAUUAUUAGAACCGGCCCGCAGACCGCAGCAAGCCGGCAGCCCGCAGAUCUUUUACACGCACCAAUACUACAUUUCCCACAAUGCAACGGUGACGCACCGAGCAGUAGGCUGCUUCAUUUCAAUAUUUAUUGGCACAGCAGUCGUCAGCAUCACAGUAAAAUUAACUUUCAGAUACCCAUCAAAAAUGGCAAAACGGAAGGUGGACACUGAGAACCGGGGGUUUCAAACAAGGUGGGAGUCGGAGUAUAUGUUCACGGAGGUAGCUGGAAAACCUGUGUGUCUUCUGUGUGGAGAAAGUGUGGCGGUACUGAAAGAGUAUAAUCUGAGACGACAUUAUGAAACGAAACACGCGGACAAAAACAAGAAUAUGGACAUGGAACAAAGGCUACAAAAGGCAGAGGAAUUAAAACGAGGCCUCAAAUCUCGACAGGCUCUGUUCAAAAAAGCCAAAUCACAAGGCCAGGCUGCUGUCAAGGCCAGUUUUAUUUUGGCAGAAGAGAUCGCUAAAUCAGCCCGGCCAUUUACGGAGGGGGAUUUCAUCAAAAACUGCAUGAUUAAAGUUUGUGACGAAGUUUGCCCAGAAAAAAGGCAACUCUUUUUAAAUGUGAGUCUGAGCAGAAACACCAUUGCCGAGAGAGUAGACCAGUUGUCCAUCAAUCUAAAAGAGCAGCUUGUGAAAAAGGGAAAAGAUUUCAUUGCAUAUUCCUUGGCUGUGGAUGAGAGCACCAACAUUUCUGACAUUGCCCAGUUGUCAAUUUUCAUCCGCGGAGUGGACUCCAGCCUAAGCGUGACAGAGGAGUUUUUGGCUUUACGUCCUAUGCAUGGCACAACUACGGGGCAUGAUUUGUAUGAAGAGGUGUCAAGAUGUGUAAAUGAGAUGGAGCUGCCUUGGGAAAAACUCGUGGGUUUGACAACCGACGGAGCACCUGCGAUGUGUGGACACAGGAGCGGACUGGUGGCGAAGAUACGGGAAAAGAUGCAAGAGGAAAACGCGACAGGUGAGCUGACAGCUUAUCAUUGUAUCAUACACCAGGAAGCGUUGUGCGGUAAAGCCUUGAAAAUGGAGCAUGUAAUGAGCAUCAUCACGCGCACAGUUAACUUUAUCAGAGCCAAAGGUUUGAAUCACCGCCAGUUCAAGGCAUUUCUGACGGAGUUAGAAACGGAGCAUGGUGAUUUGCCUUAUCACACAGAGGUGCGAUGGCUAAGCCAGGGAAAGGUGCUUCAAAGAUGUUUCGAGCUUCGUGAGGAGAUUUGUCUGUUCUUGGACAGCAAAGGGAAAGACACAACACAACUCCGAGACGAAAUGUUUCUGUGUGAAAUGGCUUUUCUGUGUGACAUUACGAGUCAUCUGAAUGCAAUGAACUUGCAGCUGCAGGGUCGGGAUCAUGUCAUCUCUGAUAUGUACAGUACAGUGAAGGCAUUUAAAACCAAACUGACUCUGUGGGAGACGCAGAUGCGGAAAGAAAAUUUGAGCCACUUUCCCAGCUGCCAGACCAUGAAAGAGAAGCUCUCUACCAGUGCGUUCCCGAGCGCACAGUUGGCUGAUAAAAUAGGUAUGCUUGCCGCUGACUUUCGACGCCGAUUUGCUGACUUUGAAGCACAAAAAAGCAGGUUGGAACUGCUCGGUAACCCAUUUGCUGUUGACGUGGAAAGCUCACCACCAAACCUCCAAAUGGAGUUGAUUGACCUCCAAUGCAAUGAUGCACUGAGGGCAAAAUAUGCGGCAGUGGGUGCUGCGGAGUUCGCCCGUUUCCUCCCCGACACAAUGCCCCAGCUGCGCAUCCAGGCUGCUCAAACGUUGUCUAUGUUUGGCAGCACAUACCUGUGUGAACAACUGUUUUCUUUGAUGAACCUGAACAAAACAUCACACAGAAGUCGACUUACUGCUGAACACCUCCACUCAAUUCUGAGGAUUUCCUCAGCUCAGAGCCUUACCCCGAACAUUGAUGAACUUGUGGAAAAGAUGGGACACCACCAAGUAUCACCCUCAACCUCAAACAAGUGA